AGUUAAAAAAAAAUAAAAAAAAUAAAAAAAUUCGCGCAGCAGAGCGCGCUUGGCGUUUCAAGUUUCAACUUAAUUUUCUCGCUGAACUCCUCUCCUCUCUCUCACAUAAACGGCCGACUGCGAGUCUGCGACGCUGACGCCGCCACGCCGGUGGCCGCCCAAUUCGCUUUCUUCGGCAAUUCGGCUUCGCGAGUUCGCGACCCAGUAGGCCAGCCGCCAGUACCCACGGACUUCGAAGUUCGAACUCAUUCGCAAAUCGCAGCUUCAAGCUUCUCCGUACCCAUAUUCAAAUUCUUGGGUCCGCCACCGUAAUCGAGGUAAAGUAGAAAGGAAACAGAUUGCAGCCGGUAAUGGAAGUAUUAUCAAGUAAAUUAUACGGAGAAACAUGCUUAAAGCCCUUAAUUCUUAACGAUAAAUGCCGUUCAAAGUUACCAUUGGGUAGGAUUACAAGUGGGUUUUGUGAAAGAAAGCUGGAAUUUAGGUGGGUUGGGAGGAAUUGUGAGAGGUAUGGAAAGGUUGGUAUUUUUGCUGUUAAGGGUGUAAAUGAUAAGCAAGAAGAACCUCUAGUGGAUGAUUGGAGGUUGGAAUUUCUCGGAAAGCGUAGCCCUGUAGGUCUUAAGCCCCCUGAAAAGAAAAAGAAAGAAGAGAAAUCAAGGUUGUUGGGAGAUACAGAUGGGAUGGACUGGUGUGUGAGGGCAAGGAAAGUUGCAUUGAAAUCCAUCGAGGAUAGGGGGAUGGCGCGAGUUAUGGAGAAUAUGGUGAGUCCAAAGACGAAAAGGAAGAAGAAAAAUAAGAAGAAUAAGAGCAUUGUAGAGAAGAAGAAACUUAAGGUAGAUGAGGAUGACUUUGAUUCUGAUUCUGAUUCUGAUUCUGAUUAUGAUGAAGUUGACUCGAAUGAUGUGAGCCCGGUAGAUGAUGUGGAUCACCUUCUCAGGGCGGUUGGUAUGCUUGGUGAUGGGAUGUUUGAGGAAAAGAAGAAGGAAACAAUGCAGACAUUUGUUCAGAGGUUGUCACAGUUUGGUAGCCAGCCAUCGGAUCGAAAGAAGGAGGUAAACUUAAACAGAAUGGUUGUAGAUGCUCAGACAGCACAAGAAGUGUUGGAGGUAGUCUCUGAGAUGAUUGUUUCUGUUGGGAAAGGUUUGAGCCCUUCCCCACUUUCUCCUUUGAAUCUUGCUACUGCCAUCCACAGGAUUGCAAAGAACAUGGAGAAAGUGUCGAUGAUGGAAACUCGAAGGUUAGCCUUUGCUCGUCAAAGGGAGAUGUCUAUGCUUGUCGGUAUUUCAAUGAACGCUCUCCCAGAGUGCUCAGCACAAGGUAUCUCAAAUAUUGCUUGGGCGUUGUCCAAGAUUGGAGGUGACCUUCUGUAUACUACAGAAAUGGAUAGGGUUGCGGAGGUUGCCAUGACCAAAGUUGGUGAAUUUAAUUCCCAAAAUGUUGCUAAUGUUGCGGGUGCAUUUGCCUCAAUGAGACACUCUGCUCCAGAUCUCUUUUUGGAGCUGUCAAAGAGAGCUUGUGAGAUAAUUCAUGCCUUUCAACCUCAAGAGCUUGCUCAGUUGCUAUGGGCUUUUGCUUUCUUAAAUGAACCAGCUUAUCCUGUGCUUGAAGCUUUAGAUAAUGUAUUUAAGGAUCAAGCUCAGUUUCAAUGCUGCUCAAUCAGGGGAUCAUUAAGUCAUGAUGUAGUUAAAGCUGCGGACUCGGGAAGUCCACGUCCUCUUGUCCUUAGAUUCAACAGAGAUCAGCUUGGAAAUAUAGCUUGGUCUUGUGCUGUUCUUGGUGGAAUGGAACGCAGUUUCUUUUUCAAUGUGUGGAAAACCCUGCAAAAUUUUGAGGAAGAAAGAAUUACAGAUCAGUACAGGGAGGAUGUUAUGUUUGCGUCUCAAGUCUAUCUGGCAAAUCAGUGCUUGAAGGUUGAGUAUCCUCAUCUUCAGUUGUCUUUAAGGAGUGAUGUCGAGGAGAAGAUUGCUCGUGCCGGAAGAACUAGGAGAUUUAACCAAAAAGUUACAUCAUCAUUUCAAAAAGAGGUUGCUCGUGUACUUUUCGGUACCGGGCUGGAAUGGGUUAGAGAAUAUGCCUUGGAUGCGUAUACAUUAGAUGCAGCCUUGAUCGACAAGAGGGUCGCUCUUGAAAUUGAUGGACCUACCCAUUUCUCCAGAAAUUCUGGGGUCCCUCUUGGUCAUACUGUCCUCAAACGGCGAUAUGUUGCUGCCUCUGGUUGGGAUAUUGUGUCAGUUGUUCAUCAAGAAUGGCAAGAACUUGAAGGAAGUGGUGAGCAAGAAGAAUACCUAAGACAAAUUUUGAAGGAUCAUGUAGGCUAAGAUCGCACCUGAACCUGUUCCGGAAGCAAGAGAUGUAGGUGUGCUGUAGAAUGUACUAUUCAUAUUGGAUAGGAAGAAAAGUUUGUAUAUUGUGUUUACCUGAUUCUCAUAAUGCUUGUAUGUUGGUGUAUUUAUUAUUUAAUCAUCGAUGCUUUGCAA